AUGCUCUAUUAGAAUAUGGUGGAUAAGGUUAAUACAUAAUUGGAUCUCUUCAUUAUAACUUAAAUUUAUUUUCAGGUAAAAUUUCAAUUAGAACUACUUUUGAGAACUCUAUAAUAUUUUACUAAUAGUGAUAAAGCAAAAUUUAUAUCAUUUCUAUCAAAUUGUUAAGUACCUCCAUAAUAAGAAUAUCAGAUUUCCUUACUUGAUAAACUUUGUAAUUGA